AUGAUCAGGAGUUUUCAAUUGGUCAAGCACAUUUACAAACCACAAGUAGCAAGCAUUUUAAGUCACUUAUCGCUUAAACAAGUAAGAAUGUCUCAUUUAUCAGCAAACCCUACUUCUGGUUCAGCACCAGACGAUGCAGUUGUCUUGCACUCGACCAAGAAUCAUGCAAGAAUUAUAACUUUGAACAGAGUCAAGAAGUUGAACUCAUUGAACACAGAAAUGGUCAACUUGAUUACUCCAGACUUGUUGAAAUACGCAAAGGAGCCUCAAAAUAAUGUCAUUAUCUUAACUACAAACUCCCCCAAGGCAUUAUGUGCUGGAGGUGAUGUCGCCGAAUGCGCCAAUCAAAUUGUCAAAGGUAACCCUGGAUACGGUGCUGACUUCUUUGACAAGGAAUACAAUCUUGAUUACAUUAUCUCAACUUUACCAAAGCCAUAUAUUUCCUUGAUGGAUGGAAUUACAUUUGGAGGUGGUGUAGGAUUGUCUGUUCAUGCUCCAUUCCGUGUGGCCACUGAAAAGACGAAAUUGGCUAUGCCAGAAAUGGAUAUUGGAUUCUUUCCUGAUGUCGGAACGACUUUCUUUUUGCCCAGAUUGGAUGACAAGUUUGGAUACUACACUGCAUUGACAGGUGCAGUAUUAUCUGGUUUAGAUGCAUACUUCUCAGGUUUUGCAACGCAUUACGUCAAGUCUGAAAAAAUUCCUCAAUUGAUCAACAGGUUGGCCAAUUUGCAACCACCUGAAAUUGAUGAUGUGUCGAAGAUUUCGUUGGUGUCAGGAAACACUCAAUAUUUCCAACAAGUAAAUGAUAUCUUGAACGAAUUUAGUGAAAAGAGAUUGCCAGCCGAUUAUAAGUUCUUAUUGACUGAGGAUGAACUUGAAUUGAACAACAAGGCAUUCUCACAAGAGAAUAUUAAUGAUGUUUUAGACUUCUUUAGAAAACACAGUGAUUCUUCAUCAUUUGCUAAAAAAACAUUGGAAAAGUUGUUGCAAAAGCCAAGAACUUCUUUAGCAGUUGGAUUUGAAUUGAUGAACCGCGGCUUACAAAACUCUAUUAAGGAACAAUUUACUUUAGAAAUGGUUUCAGCAACCAACAUCCAAAAAUUGCCACCAAAGGAGAAUGAUUUUGCAAAAGGUGUUAUUCACAAAUUGGUUGACAAAAUCAAGGACCCAUUCUUCCCUCAAUGGAAUGACCCUAGUAUCGUCACUCCGAAGUAUGUUUCGGACAUUCUCACGCAAACAGAUGAGACACUCAAGUUAUUGCCUAACCCACCUUUGAUUAAAGAAUGGUUUGGUUUGGAUUACAAAGAUUAUCCUUUGAACUUCGGUUUACCAAGAAAUAAAGAGGUUGGUGCUUACAUUGCAGGUACAGAUGGAUCAAACAGGACCUAUUUACCAACUCCUGCAGAGGUUUUUAAGCAUUUCAAAUCCACCACUGGCGAUAAAUUGGGUAUUGAUUUGAAAAUAAAGCAAAUUUUGGAUUUGCAUGGCGAAACCGCAAAAUAUGACAACAAGUAUGUAACUUGGAGGAAAUAA